ACAGUUAUCGUCAAAUCAAUUCUUCCCCAACUCUUCAAUUCUUCACCAUCUCUUCUCUUGUUCACUCUUCAAUUCUUCCCCAUUCCCAUAUUCCAUUGUAUCUGUUAUUCCUCGAAUAAAGUAACUCUGAGCUAAUCUCAGAGGUUAGAAACCCCACUGUCCAUCUGCACAUAUUAUUUAGAUUUCCUUCCUGAUUUUAUUUCCUAUGUGGUUAUGAUAAUUAAUACAUUAUUUGCAUAUUCAAUUUUCUAAUGGAAUAUCUCCGAUUGCUUAUCAUUCUGCACAAUGGUGCUUCUAUCACUGCUCGUAUUCAUAUUUUCAAUAGCUAUUUCCUUUUCCGAUGGUUGUGUGACAAUCGGAAGUUUUGAGCCACGUCCGGCAUGUCAAUGCUCGUCCCGCGAAUUGUCCGUAAAUGACCUUUAUUAUGAUUUGGAAAGACAUCCAUUCGCGAAGACUGCGAUAUCUUUCGCAAAUGACCGGGCUUUAUGGGCAGGUGGUUUCGGAGACUGCUGGCAGUCACUGAGUUGUAAAACCGAGUACAACAAUCACACCAUUGUUAUUUUUGACCCAACAACUGCAAUAAUGACAUCAUCCGCCAGUAUUAAUGCAACAUGUGAUCCUUACAGUCAGACAUGGGACAUUGUUGGCAGUGGGCUCAGAGCUCGACGGCUUUGGGCAAUGUGUGUUAAUUUUGAUUUUCCGGUCUUCACAACGCGAGCGUCCCCGGCAGCUGACUGCGAUUGUGCUAAUUACCUGACAACACCUUCCGAUGUAAGAGAACACACUAUUCAUUACAAGGACUAUCAUCGCCUGAUUGCACAUUCAAAUGUGACAAAUAUUACAAGAACACAGUCAUAUAAUGGAUGCGUGAGAAGACAUGACUGUAAUAUCGAAGAUGGGAAGACCCUUCUUCUGUUCCAUAAUGAUCAAGUUUACCAGUCUUCUUCCGGCGAUUUCCAGUUUGAAUGUCCUGACUACACUUGGAGUGUUUCUGAGAACUGGGUGCCUGCAUACCAGCUAUUCUAUCUCAUGGCAGUUUGUGUUCAAGAUUUGAAAGAAAAUUUAGAAUCUCCUGCACCGACCACCUGCCAAUGUGAACACUUUUGGUCGGAUACUGCUAGCAUUGAAGGAUGGUCAGUGUUAAACUUGUAUUUUUAUUCGGAAGUUAGUGAGAAUCAGUGCUCUUGGAGAGUAUCUUGUGUUGAAUUAAAAUAUAAUGUAAACUCAACUGCACAGCUAGAAAUUGACGGGGAAUUUUAUGUGAAGGAUGAAUUCCAAUUGGAAUGUGAUAUUGGUUCAAACACAUGGAAGAGUGUUACUUAUUCUGAUGGAAGUGCCAGCAAUGUUGAUCAAGUUGGAUUUGCCUGUAUUAAUAAGAAAUAAUUCUAAUUUCCUUUUGCAUUCAUUUACAUAUAAAACGUUUUUUAUCAUGCAAGAACUACAUUUAAAAACUAUGCUAUGUAACCUCUAAAUAAAAAGGUACAGUUUGUGCACAUGUACAUAUGUAUAUGUACAUGUAUUUAUAUAUAUUCAUAACAUAUAUCCACAAUUAUUGUUUAUUGAAUGAAAAAUAGAUGAUUAACUCAAACA